CACAAAUUCCUCUUCAUCAAAAUAAACUGAUACGACCUUGCGUCUCUCUCUACUCUCCACACUUCUCAGUACAUUCUCUCAACUGCAGCAGUGCCACCUUCCACCACCACCAAGUGCGACGCUUCUCUUGCCUCUUCUUUCUCUUUUGUGCGCGAACCACUCCAUAACCUUUUCACUCCGUCCAUCACCUGACUCUCCAAGCCUCAGGGUUGUCAUGGAACACCACAAAGAUUGUUUGGACGCCGAUUCCAGUGAAGUAGAAUACACAGAUGAUUUAUACGAGGAUGAAGAACAUCAUAGUUCGUCUGAUGCUGAAGAUGAUGUUGAUGGUAAUGCUGAUGAUGAUGUUCAUGAUGAAUCAGUUCAACAACAGGGUUCAAUCAGCGAUGCAUUAGUAGGUGACAGGUUGGUGAAUGUAAAUUCCAUUGCCUCUGAUGAAAUUCUUAAACUUGAAUUUGGUACUGUUGAUGAAGCGUAUGAAUUUUAUUAUCGUUAUGGAAAAUGCAAAGGUUUUGCCAUUAGGAAAGGUGAUGUUAGGAGAAAUAGUAGUGGAAUAAUCACAAUGAGGGAGUUUGUGUGCAACAAACAUGGGUUAAGAGAUAAGAAGCACUUCUCUAGGAAUGAUAGGAAAAGAGAUCAUAGACGUCUCACCCGAACAAAUUGUGAAGCAAGGCUUCGUGUGCAUUACAAAGCCAAAAAGGGGAGAUAUGUAGGGUCUAAAUUUGAAGAGGGGCAUAACCAUGAAUUAACCCCAACUAAAUUUACACACUUGCACCCACUGUAUCGUAAAAUCUCUGAAGCAGAUAGUGCCCAACUUGAUGCUCUUCAAUCACAUGGAAUCAGAACCUGUCAUAUAAUGGGAUAUAUGGUUGCUCAGAAGGGUGGAUACGCUGAUGUAGGUUUUACUAAGAUCUGUAUAACUAUUUUGAUAAAAAGAUGCGUGAUGUCAUUAAAGACGGUGAUGUUGCUGCUGCUCUAAAGUAUCUUAAUGUGAAGUCUUCCACCGAUCCAAUGUUAUAUGCUGAAUACGAUGUCAACAUUGAUGGAAGAAUGAAAAGUUUGUUUUGGGCUGAUGGGAGUAGUAGGUCUGAUUAUUUUUGUUUUGGCGACGUUUUGGCGUUUGACGCAACGUACAAGAAGAACAAAUACAACUAUCCGUUGUGUAUAUUUUCUGGGUGUAACCACCAUUCACAAACCAUUAUAUUUGGUGUUGCGUUGUUGGAGGAUGAAACAAUCGAGUCAUAUAAGUGGGUCUUGAACCGUUUUUUAGAAUGUAUGGAAGGUAAAUUCCCAAAAGCAGUGGUAACGGAUGGAGAUGGAUCAAUGAGGGAAGCUAUUAAACAGGUAUUCCCUGAUACAU